AUGAAUGAAACCGACAUUGAAUAUAUCAAAAAUAUCGAUCGAAUUUUCAUUGUAGUUGGAUGUAUUGUGAAUCCAUUGGGAAUUAUUUUUAAUACUAUUCUUAUCUAUUUAAUAUUGCGGAAAACGCGUAAAUCUCUUAGAAGCUUUUCAAUUCUUCUUUUAAAUUUUGCGAUUUGCGAUUUUGGUAGCUCUCUUUCUGGCUUAUUAUCUUUACAAAAGACAAUUUUCUCUGGAAACAGUCUAACUUACAUUUUUCACGGCGUUUGCAGCAAAAUUUCCCCAUUUUUUUGCUAUUUUCUUCACGCAUUUGUUUGUCAUUUAUUCGCCCAUUCACAAUGGAUUCUCAUGGUAUCAUUUCUCUACCGUUAUUAUAUAAUUGUUCGGACUACACCGCGUCCCGAAGAAAUUGUAAAAUUGUGCCUAAUCGUCUACAUCCCAUCAUUUUUGUUUCUCAUCAUUUAUUUAUGCGACGCUGGUGACCCAGAUGAGCUAACUAUACUAAUUUAUACUUAUCACGAAAACCUUAAAUACGACAAUAAGAAUAUAUGGGGAGAUUUAACAAUCGCUGGAAAUAAAAGUGUGUGGUCCUGGAUCUCGUGUGGAGCGAUUGUCUACAUGACAAUUCCCUGCUUCCCCAUAUAUGGUUGUAUAAUUUUUUUCAGACACAAAGCGCUAAACAUUUUGAAUCACACCGGCCGUGUUUUAAUGUCGGAUACCACUCGAAAAUCGCAUCGAGCCCUCAUAAAGGCGUUGACAAUUCAGGCAAUCGUUCCAGUUUUCUGGCUAACCGCUUCCACACUCUAUCUUUUGCUACUUUUCCGCAAAAUCGACGGCGUUGUUAUGGAAAAUUUGCCAUUUCGCAUUAUGGAAAUCAUGCCAGUUUUGACACCGCUCAUAUCAAUGUUCUUUGUGUCGCCAUACAGAAAAUGUGUGAAAGCGUGGAUGAAACGAACGAAAUUCUCAAAGAACACCGCAUCCGUCAUGUUCAAUUCCAUACAUCCGACAGUAAAUGUAUAA